AGGAAUUGGAGAGAGCUUGAAUGGAAUUUCGAUUAGACUUGUGAGGUUUCUUUUAAGGGGGAAAUUGAGAACGUUGGGUAGUUUCAUUUUUGAAACUUUGGGUUCGUAUAAAAUGACGAAGAUUCUGGUAGUUUAUUAUUCUAUGUAUGGUCACAUUAAGAAGAUGGCCGAUCAAGUGGUGGAAGGUGCCCAAUCGGAGGGUUGCGAAGUCGAGCUGUAUCAAGUUCCUGAGACUCUUUCUGAUGAUAUUUUAAAGCUUCUUAAGGCACCUCCUAAACCUAGUGACCCUGUGCUGCGAUUUGAACUUCACGAUAAGCUCGUGGAAGCAGAUGCCAUUAUAUUCGGGUUUCCUACUCGCUUUGGUAUGAUGUGCGCACAAAUGAAGGCUAUGUUUGAUUCACUUGGACAUUUGUGGCAAAGUGGUCAACUUGUUGGGAAAUUGGCGGGUAUUUUUGUGUCAACCGGUACUCAAGGAGGAGGACAAGAAACAACAGCUUUAACUGCUAUCACUCAGUUGGCACAUUUGGGAAUGAUUUUUGUUCCUACAGGAUAUUCUUAUGGAAGUGACAUGUUUGGCUUGAAGGAGCCUCAGGGUGGUUCUGCAUAUGGUGCGGGAACCUUUGCUGGUGCGGAUGGAAGUCGUCAACCAUCUGAGUUCGAGUUGGGUAGAGCCAAGCAUCAAGGUUCUUAUAUUGCGAAGAUUGCUAAGAAAUACAGUGGUAUUCAGUAAGCUACGUGGUAUCAUAGAAAUUCAUUU